CGCAGACACCGCCGGCAGUCGCGAACGAGUCGCACGCGCAUAAGCAAACCGAAAAAGUGCCGCGGAGGAAGCCAGCUGCGUCUGAAUGGGACACCUCCUCGACUACUGACCAGGCGACACUGACCAAGCAUCGAUGGCAUCGGGGGGAUUGAGCGACCGGGAGCGGGAGGAGAUCGUCCGCACCCUCACCAGGGAUGUGCAGUCCCUCAAGGAGAUGGUGCAGUGCCGGGAGAGCGAGCUGGUCAAGCUGCACCGGGAAAUCCACAAGCUGAAGAGCGUGCUGCAGCAGACCACCAACCAUUUAAACGUGACCCGGAAUGAGCGGCACCACUCCCCAAAGUCCAAACUCUACUCCCUGCCGGAGCAGUGCGACGAGGAGGAGACUGCCUCCGGUCGGGAUCCCCAUGUGUGCGUCUCCUGUGGCAUGGCGCUGCCCACGAGUCCGGAGUACGCCCUGGAAGCCCUGACGCUGGACCCGCUUCCCAUUGCUUCGAUAUUCUCAACCCGCUCGCCCUCGUCUUCCAAGUCUGGAGGACUGGACGAGUCUCCUCCUUUGCAGCCGAAACCCAUGCCGGCGGCCACCAAGAAGCAGGGAGUCUCCGCCGAGAGCUGCGUCCAGUCCAUGCAGCAGUCCUACAGCAUGCCGAUUCCCAAAUACGAAAAGGACUACAGCGACAAGCAGCAGAUCAAGGACGCCGUGAUGGACAAUGACUUCCUGAAGAACAUUGACGCCUCGCAGGUGCGCGAGCUGGUGGACUCCAUGUACCCCAAGAGCAUAGCCGCCGGCGAGUUUGUGAUCCGCGAGGGCGAGGUGGGAGCCCACCUGUACGUCUCCGCCGCCGGAGAGUUUGCAGUGAUGCAGCAGGGGAAGGUGCUGGACAAGAUGGGCCCUGGCCGGGCCUUUGGGGAGCUGGCCAUUCUCUACAACUGCACCCGAACGGCCUCCAUUAAGGUGCUCAGCGAGGCGGCCAGAGUCUGGGUGCUCGACCGGCGGGUCUUCCAACAGAUCAUGAUGUGCACGGGACUCCAGCGCAUUGAGAACAGCGUGAACUUCCUGAAGUCGGUGCCCCUGCUGAGGAACCUCAGCGAGGAGCUGCUAGCGAAGAUUGCGGACGUCCUGGAACUGGAGUUCUACGCCGCGGGAACCUACAUCAUCCGCCAGGGCACCGCCGGCGACACCUUCUUCUUGAUCUCCCAGGGCAACGUCCGGGUGACCCAGAAGCUGGCGGCGAGUUCCACAGAGGAGACGGAGCUGCGCACCCUGGCCCGGGGCGACUACUUCGGGGAGCAGGCUCUGAUCAAUGAGGACAAGCGGACGGCGAACAUCAUCGCCCUGCCGCCGGGCGUGGAGUGCCUCACCCUGGACAGGGACUCGUUCAAGCGCCUGAUCGGGGACCUCUGCGAGCUGAAGGAGAAGGACUACGGGGACGAGAGCCGCAUGCUGGCCAUGAAGCAGGCGGAGGGCGGCAGCCAGGCAGCCGAGCAGCCCAAGACCUCGCGGGCGGAGAUGGAGUUUCCCGAUCUGAAGCUGACGGACCUGGAGGUGGUCAGCACCCUGGGCAUUGGUGGCUUUGGACGCGUGGAGCUGGUCAAGGCGUACCAGGAGAACAGGGUCGACACCUUCGCCCUGAAGUGCUUGAAGAAGCGGCACAUCGUGGACACCAAGCAGGAGGAGCACAUCUACAGCGAACGGCACAUCAUGCUCAGCUCCAAGUCGCCGUUCAUCUGCCGGCUGUACCGCACCUUCAGGGACGAGAAGUACGUCUACAUGCUGCUGGAGGCCUGCAUGGGCGGCGAGAUCUGGACGAUGCUCCGCGACCGGGGCUCCUUCGAGGACAAUGCGGCGCAGUUCAUCAUCGGCUGUGUCCUGCAGGCGUUCGAAUACCUCCACGCCCGGGGCAUCAUCUACCGCGACCUCAAGCCCGAGAACCUGAUGCUGGACGAGCGCGGCUACGUGAAGAUCGUGGACUUUGGAUUCGCCAAGCAGAUCGGGGUGAGCGCCAAGACCUGGACGUUCUGCGGCACCCCGGAGUACGUGGCGCCGGAGAUCAUCCUGAACAAGGGCCACGACCGCGCAGUGGACUACUGGGCCCUGGGCAUCCUAAUCCACGAGCUGCUCAACGGAGCUCCCCCCUUCAGCGCCCCCGAUCCCAUGCAGACGUACAACCUCAUCCUGAAGGGCAUCGACAUGAUCGCCUUCCCCAAGAACAUAUCCCGCUGGGCCGUGCAGCUCAUCAAGCGGCUCUGCCGGGAUGUGCCGUCGGAGCGGCUGGGGUACCAGACCGGAGGCAUUCAGGACAUUAAGAAGCACAAAUGGUUCUUGGGCUUCGACUGGGACGGGCUGUCCAGCCAGCUCCUAAUCCCGCCAUUCGUCCGGCCCAUCGCCCAUCCGACAGACACCCGGUACUUCGACCGCUUCCCGUGCGAUCCCAGUGAGCCGCCGGACGAGCUAUCCGGCUGGGAUGCGGACUUUUAG